GUAUUCGCGACUUGGUUCAUUUCCAAUAGCCUAUAAUUCUAUCUUUGAGUACUCAAGCCAAGUGUGCAUUAAUUAAAUAAACCAGAGUGGCAAUCGCAACCAUAUUGCAAGCUAUUAUUUUACAGCAACUAAAAUCUGAACCACAGUCACAACAAGCCAAAGGCGAGUGGCGCCACAAAGCGGCGAGAGAAGCUUUGGAUUUUCUUUUAACUCUUUGUUUCGGUUCGAAGCGGAAGCCGUCCCCGCGCAGUCGUCUAUGCACGGGUAUAAUUGCAAUUAUCAAGCAGUGAAUCAGCUUUUCGUCGCAGUGGAACAUAUCAGUCUUUGUGUGGCCGCGAAAUGCAGUAGUUCAUGUUUACUUAACUUGUACUCUUAUUAAAUUAAACACGAGCCUUGUUCCAGAACCGAGGCUCAUUUGUUGAGCAACAAAAGCAAAGCGUUUAGUGCAAAAGUCGAAAAAAUUAAGAAAAUAAACCUAGUGCCUUAGUAUUACUUGCGAAUCUUUAUCAAAAUGAAACGGUCUUUGAUUGCUACAGUUUUGCUGUCGUUAGCAUUUUUGGCUGUUGACGUCAACAAUGUAUACGGUAGCCCUUCUGAUUCCGACAUCGACUUAAGCCAAAUAAAUGUUAAUGACCUGCAACAAAAACUGCCAGCAGAGUUGGCCAAUACGAAUCUUACUCUGGACGAUGCUAAAACUCUAGUCCGCGAUAAAUGCAUUGAAGUGGCUGGCAAAGAAAACGGCGAAGCAGCUUAUGCCGAAAUAGAAAACGCUGUAUCAACCUUAACAGAAUGCGCUACGAACAUAUUGAACUUCACUGCUAUUCAGGUUGAAAUUGAUGAGGCCAGUCCAAAGGGUGAGCUGGAUGUGGUAUUCAACAAAUACUGCAACAAACAGCCUCAAGCUCUUGCUUGCUUUGAAGCAUUCAACAGCAAGUUAGCAGCAUGCUUGGAUAAUGAAGAAAAAGAGCAUCAGGAAGUGUUCAUGCGCAUCGUACGCAGUCUUUUAAGCUUUAUAUGUCACAAAGGAGGCGACCAGAUAGCGCUCUUCAUUGCUGAAAAGGGUCCGGAAUGUCUAGAUUCAAAAAAAGAUGAUAUUCAGAAGUGCGUCAAUAGCACUUUCGCAGGAUAUGUUCCCCAGAAUGGACUCAGUGACAUAAAAACACUACCCAAAUUUGUGAUGGGUACUAAACAAUGUGAAGAAAUGGAGGAUUUAGAAAAUUGCAUUGUUGAGAAACUGGAAAAAUGUAGUGAAAUUACACCUGCUAAUAUUGUAGAAUCAAUGUUCAGAUUUAUUAAAAAUGAAACGAUCUGCCACAGUACUCCCCGCGUAGCAAAACAAUCAUCAUGGACCAGUGGCGUUAAUAGCGCUGUGAUGUUACAACAGCUAGGUGGUGUAUCAUGGAUGCUGGGCGCCAGUUUAUUCUACCAGCUAAUAAAACUUGUCCAAGUGUAGGCAUGUUUGGCAUCCGUAAAUUAAACUCAAAAAUAAUGCGGUGUACAAA